AUGGAAGAUGAGGAGAUCUGUUAAAACAUACAAUAAGGAGAUUGCUCCAAAAGUGUUAUAUCUCUAAGGGAAUCUUUCAAUGAUUAUCCUUCAUUCUAAAAUCCUUUUAAAUUGCAUAAUGAAAAAUAUUUAAAACUUUCUAAGUUAUUGGAAGAAAAAAAUGAGAGUCAGGAAGUGUAAAAGAUAUUGGAAGAGGGAGAGUUUAAUUAGGAGGAUGAGUAUUAUGCAGCAUUUCAAAAAAUAGAAGAGAAUUAUAAAGAAAAUAACUUUGCUUAAUAAGCUAAGCCAAAUUUCUAGACAAAAGUAGCUUAUCAAUUAACAGAUGAAUAUUUGAGACAAUUGAAGAGUAGUUAACUUUAAUUGUUUGGUUUGAUUUAUAGCAGCAACAAAAUCAAUGAGAAUAUUGGUCAUUUUUUGAUUCUUAAAAACCAAUAAAUAGAAUCGAUUUUAAAUGUGUAAUAAGAAAAUGAGGUAACUUCUGCAUUCAAAGAGAAUGAAUUGACUAAAUUAUGUGCGAUUUUGGGAUGCGAUGAGUUCUUCAAUGAGGAGAGAGAAAAACAAGUGGCUUCUUUGAGUUUAAAAACACAAUUAUACUUGUUGAAAUUUAAUAAUCAGAGAGGGUUGGUAAGUUGCUAGAACUAUGUAAAUGGAGUUGCAUCACCUAUUGGAAUCUAGGAGAUAACGGUGAGACAUUUCGAAGGAGUGAGACAAUACUGGAUAAAGUAAUGA